AUGGGGAAGAAGAAAAGCGUGCAGAUGUGCUUUCAACUCGCUCUGUGCCUUCUGGUAUUAAUGGCGCGAGAAUGCGCGGGAGCGGACGGAUACAUUGAGCUGACCAAGGAUGGGUUCCGCGUGUCCGACAUGGUCACGAUGCAAAAGGGGAUGGCGAUCGAGGGUGACCUGGUGAUGAACGGGUACUUCCAGUCCUUCAACUUCACGGCAGAGAGCAGGAACACAGCUUGGGGAGGCUUCUAUGAUGGCGAAUGCACCCCAUCGAGAAAGGGAGCGAUCAGGUGGAGCUAUACAAUCUUCGAGUCCUGCGACGGCAUUUCCUGGAAGCCGCUGAAGCACUGCUCACGAGACUGUGGGUUUCAACUCCCUCCCCCCUACGAGAUCUCAGGCUGCCAGGAGUACAACUGCACCGAGUAUUGCUGCCCUAGAGCAGACUCUAUGGAUUCUUGCCACGUCGUCUCCUCCUCCUUGAGGCUUUCCUCGACGGACGUCAUUGUCAACGGCUCUUCCAAGUGCGACAUGCUUCUGAAGACGAUCUGCAACCCCAUGACCAACUUAACCUGCACUGAAGUCGAGAUUUCACCAAUCCCCUUCGCUACAUCGAAGUGGUACACAACCAGUAUCGAUCCAGCGUUUCAGCAGACUUUCAUCGUCCCAGAGUACAGCGCAGUGAACAUCUCUAACUCCUCUGGCGCAGCUCGUCCCGUGCAGCAGUACACUUGCUCCACUCUAGACUACAACUCCAGCGCCUUCGACUAUCUGAAGGCCUUGUACAACAGCAGCGGGUGGUGGAAGGCAGUGCCAGGAAUUCCUCAGGACACAAACGCCGACAGCUUGAACUUCUCAUGUUUUGACAAGGUACAGAACGCCGGCUUCGCUGCUGCGCCGACGAUUUUGAAAGGAGCUAUUGGCGACGGACCGGGGAACUACGGUGUAUAUGAGAAGACAAACAAGUUCGGACCAACCAUUCAGAUCACUCUGUUCAGCUACGUGUAUGUUAGUGAAGACCCUACUGCUACCAUCGAUCUCACAUUAGUGAACAAUCCUCUGGAGGGCUGGGAGGUCGGGAGCGAUAUCAGGUUUACCUUCGAAGUCUCAGCUACCAUAUCAGGAGUGGUCCUGGACCAGUUGACUGCUGUCUUCGCAACAGUGACAACUUUAGACAAGGAGACGAUGAAGAUUUCUCUGACGACUCCUUACACGCCUGACUCCAAGGCUAGUGUAUCGACGUCUAUCGGAAUCAAAGGAGAUGCGUCGUUGGUGAUCCCGACUUUCUGCGUUCCCUUCGGAGGAGGCUGCAAGCCUGGCAACUAUACCGGAACAAGCUGCGCCUGGAAGAUCUCCUCCCCCAAGAGCUCGUACGUUCAGCUUCAAUUCCUCAAGGUCGAGCUUGCAGACAACGUAGACUCAGUCUACGUCUAUGACAUCACCGGCCUCCCCGUCUACACAGAUACCAACUACCUGAAUGGAAACAGAUCUGACAUCGCCCCGCUUGCAAUCUUCAGUGGCAACAUGUCCGCAGCAGCGCUCCAGUCAAUGCAGAGCAAGCUUAUCAGUCCGUAUGGCGGCGAGUUCCUCGUCGUGUUCAACAGCGGGCCCACUACGUCAGCAUGGGGGUUUGAAGCCGUUUACACCCUGAUGCCGAGGCUGGGGAAGAUGAUCGACGAAGGAAUUUUCACGAACCUUCAGUUCUCGAUCGCGUUCCUUGAGUACUACAACGCCAAUGUCACGAAGUUGAUCUCCCAGUCGGCGAAGGGCAGAUAUGAAUCAUUGUACGACACAGGGACUGGGGUUCUGGGGCCUAUGACGGAGGCGGAGCAGUGCUUCCGUUGCUGCUCAAAUCUCAUCCCGACUCACCCUGUAGUGUACCAGGGCCAGGGCUUCCCAGUCUUCAACAUUCGUCCCAACAUCGACCAGGUCGGACGGGACGCUGUCGCUACAAAGAUGCUCUCGGCCGCGGUAGACUUGUCGGAGAUCCCCGACCUCUGCAGGUACAUGGGCUACCUUCCCGAGCACUACUACAGGACCGGUUAUAUCUCCCGCUUCCCGACCGGGUCGAUCAAAGUUCCGACGGCAUUCCCGCUGGGCAAGAGGCCAGUCUGGGGAAAGUACGGCAAUACCGACCCGUCGGCGUCCUCGCAGCCAGUGCGGGAGGCGAUCGGGUGGGGGUUGAGCCCCGUGCUGGUCGGGUCGAGGAGCAGCUGGUUGAAGGGAUGGGGAGACACUGAGGGGGACCACGAGGGCGCGCGGUGGUGGGACGGGGAUGGGGCCAACGGCAACGCAGAGCCUGACUGGUCGAUCGUCUCUCCUCCGAAUCAAGUGGUGGACGAAGUUCGAUUCAACUUUGACCUGGACCACGGGGACGUUCCCCUCUACAGCUUCGUCGACUCUCAGAGGAGGCUGGUGAUCUCGAACGCGUUUGCGCUCUCCACACGAUGCGGCCAGCUGGUCAACAGCAGCUGCGGCGUCUCGUGCGGGGUGAGGGGGACAGGGUUGAACAUCCUCCAGUGCCUCGACAACAUUCCCUUGACACGAUGUGGCCAGCCGGUGGUGGACAUGUGCAACAACGACUGCAAGAUGUUGGGCGAGCAGAGGUGUAACGACACGGCAGUGGGACUUGGAUCAGUUCGCAUCGGGUCCCAGCACCGUAUCCCCUCCGGGUACUUCCAGUUCGGGGUCGGGCGGCCGGACAACCUCCACAAGGACAACAUGUUUCUCAGCUUUCAGAGUCUGUCAGAUACGGGGGCGACUCUAGAGCUGCUGCAGCUCAUCAAUGAUCCUUUCGAUGUGAGCAACCAUAUGAUGCUGAACGUCUACCAGCUGCAGCAGAUCCUUCCAUCCAAUGUCCACCUCAUCCUGAACAGAAUCUUUGACAACAUUCCUGCCAUGAAAUGUUCCCUGAUUCCUCCAAACUGUGGGCAAACCACGUCAGCCAAGGGUUACUUCUCUUCCUACCAGCUCCAGAACCAGAGCUGGCCUUUCUGCCCCCUCUACAACACUUUCAACGACCCCAUCUGCAAGCCCAACGCCAACCCCACGGCUAUCACCGUCUCCGACCUCUUCAAGUUCUACGAUCGCAACUCCUCAGGCUACCUGGAGCGACCGGAGAUCCUGAGCCUCAGCGCGGACUUGGAAAGUCGGCGGCAGCUGGUCAAGGAGGAGAUCUGGUCAAGAGCGACGAGAGCCCAGAGGGAUCUCGUUCGCUUCCAGCCAUUGCGAUCUGCCGCCGGAGACAUCUUCGGUCUGGAGCUUGACAGCCCUUCUUGUCCCUUCCCCGACUUCUGCCUCGAGACGUUUAACACCAACACCAUGCGGGUCAGCUCCUCCCUUGAGCUCCUCGGCGAGUACAUCCAGAUCGGGCAGAGCCGCUACGGCAACAUCUCCAACUGCUCCAACAUCAGCUCCACUGAGUUCUGCUACUGGGACGUCAGGCCGGAGCCCUUGAGCAGAGUCUUCAUAGACGGCCAGAUCAACGGGGCCUGUCCCGUGCAGAUGUCGGCCAACCAUGACUCCUUCAGCACUUCCCUGUGCGUGGAGAGGACGGACAAUGAGAAUAAGACGCUGCUGCUUCCCGACACCAACGGCAUCGUCGUGCUGACCAGCAACCUCGACGUCGUUCCCUUCGUCCCUGGGCUGAGAGGGAACAGGACUCUGUUCUUCACAGGUGACAUGUAUCAGGGGAAUAUGCUUUGGAAGUACGACAAGUUCGUCAACCAAGACCCCAGACCUCCUGCCCCGAGGAUCGACUGCGCCAACGUGCCCUGCUCCACCUUCCGACCUAUGACUACCUUCUCCAUCUCCUCGACCACCUUGGUCUGGACCUUGAUCGACAGGGACGUGUACAUGAGCUUGAAAGACGUGUACUUGCCUUCACUGCCGUCCUUCAAGAAGUACGUCUGCCUGACGGUCUUGUGCGACAUCCAGAACGUCAUCAACGACAUGCAGACCAAGUGGUCCCUGACGCUGAGACGAGACGCAGCGAAGCAGCAGGUGACGGUCAGCGGGUCCGCGAUCGCGGCCAUCAACGGCAUUUAUACGUAUGUCAACGAGAGCUUGUACACCAACACGUUGGCCAAUGGCAGGCAAAUCUUCCUCAUGAGGCUUCCAGCAAGAGACCUCCAGGGAGGCGUUCCGGCCGCGUCUCGCGGCGAGUUCGGAGGGACUUGUGUAGAUCUCGAGAAGAAGUUCGCGCUAGACUUCAACAUCCUCAACCGCCGCAAGGAGGGUCAGUGUAUGGACCUCAAGGUCUCAGUGAUGAACUCUAUCCCCUACUGCGGACCUGGAUGUACCUUGAACGGCGUGACGGAUGCGGCGUCCUAUGGGCUGAACGAGACGAACGUCUGCUGUGACUGCGGGGGAGGAAGCACUCCUGCCCACGUGUAUGACUUCUUGAGGGUGUACUACAUGGAGGGCAACUGGGAUCCAGUCUACAACGGCAGCAGCGGCGCGUGGGGUCAAUGGCAGACGCUGUCUACCGUACGCAAGACUCUCUUCAACCUGGUGGAGCCGCAGCCGAGUUGCUGUACAAGCGGAGUAGCCGCGAACCCCAUGGCAUGCUCGGGAUGCUCGCUGGACAGUUACACUACCAUGCUUGACUACCUCACCCUGCACUCCAACGCCGAGAUCAACGUCUUGAACAUGGCCACUCAGCAAACGACCAGCGGCGGUCAGUUCCCUGUGACAGGCGUCGAGUCUUGCUACCUCUGUUGCCACCUUCCUGCAGCAGCUGAAGUCAAACCGAAGUCUGCCGCGGGGGUUAACGUCGCUUCCUCCAUGUGCGAGUGGGUGGAGGUGUCUGGGUUGUACGUCCAGAAGAACCUGGAAGGUUUCUACCAGCAGAUGUACCCGCUCGGCGAUCUUGACCCAGGCAGCCAAGGACGACCAGUGUACCGCCACAGCUCCGGUCGCUUCUACCUCUUCUUCCUCGCAAGGGCCUGCACCCAUCUCAACAAGGCCCUCUGCCCUGCCCAGCAGCCCGCCUGGGUCGUGGCUGACACGUUGGGAACGGACUCGGCGCGCUUGAUCGCGUACCAGGUCACCGACGGGCCAGGGCAGGUGACGACGGAGUGGCAGGAGUUCGACGGUUCCCUAUACGCGCAGCGCAACUUCACGCUCGAGAGCCCCAUCACGGUUCAGUGCACGCAAGGCAAUGUCGGGCAGCAGAGCGAGCGGCCGAUGCCGCUGUGGUCAGAGCCAGUGCACGAGCGACUGCUCAACUAUACGACGGGCGUGGGUUUCGUGGAUCCAUCCGAGCAUCACAAGCUCACACUCCCCGACACCUUGGGAACAGUCGUCGCCACCGGCGCAUCCGAGCUGAUCACGAGGCUCGGAACCCUCGUCUCUCCCAUCGUCUCGCAGGCCAGCGCGCAGGACCUGACGAGGGUUCAGUUUGGGGUGGAGUGGCAGUACGUGAAUGCAACGGAGAGGACCAACACCUUGAGCGGGAGGUACGUCAUGGACAUGGCGUACUGCUACUUCAACAGGAGCGUCAGUCUCACUGCCAAGAGCAGCAAGACCGUCGAUGUUUGUGACCCCAGGACGGCGUUUGCCCUUCCUCUGGCCGAUCGCUUCCUCUAUGACUGCCAGCACCUCUUCUCGCUCGCUGGGCUCGACAACUCCAGUGUCAUCAUCCUCCAGUCUGACUGCGACAACUGUCUCUUCUGGUUCCCUAUCAAGGAGGUUCUAGUCGGCAGCUUCUGCAAGGACAGUCUCGGUCGGAUCACUAACAUUACCUGCGAAGUUGGCGUGUCCAAGUGCGAUUGUGUAGACGCGUACGAGCCGUUCGACGAGGUCGAGUACGCCAACCGCCUUCCAAACAACCGAUCGAAGAUCGUCCUCAGCGAGAAUGUCUCGAUCGAGUACGAGGUUGUGAAGGUCUGGGAGGGAGAGACGUUUUCAGUUACAGCCAGCUACCGUUCCAACAGCACCUACAAGCUCUGCCCCGCCUCCCCUUUGGCUCAGUCGACCUUCUCCUUCGGGUUUGCCCGCAUCGAGACUCAGGUGGAAGCGAAAGUCGCAGUCGGCACCAUCACACUUGACGAGGCGGUGGCCUCCCUCAACCAGCAGCUCGAUCUCCAGCUGGGCAAUCGGACCGUCCUGAUCCGCUUCUCGCUCGAUCGCCCCGGGCUGGGCUGGCGCACGCACGAGGCCGGAAAUCCCAUCCCCAUCCCUGACCUGUUGGACCGGCAGAGGAAUCAGACGGCGCUUUUACCAGGAGGAGAGGCGUACGAUGGGUACGGGAGGUGCGGGGAUCUCGACUCGGCCUCCUCCUACGACCCGGGCAAGUUCUUCUGCCCCUCGACGUCGCGAGUUGUUCAGCUGCAGACAGCAGUCUUCAACGCCUCGGGUCGGAGGUUUGCCAGCGACCUUGUUGCCGUCAAGUGGCACUCCAGCGCUCAGAGCUCGCUCCCUGCCAGCGACAUCCCAGUGACGAAGCUGCUCAACUUCUACAGCAUCGAGCAGUACGGACUGAGCGGGAGCGAGAUCACGUUCCCUCUCGCGCAGGCAGCCAACACCUCCAACAGUGUCAAGGGCUCUACAGCAGACGAGCGCGGACAGCCGCUCAUGAACAAUACCGUGCACGUUCCCAGCUCUGCCGACGGAGUUGUGCUGUCAACGGGGAACCUGGUCGACAUCAACAACUUGACUAGCUCGAUGACGAGCUUCGCCGUCAACGCGCUCAAGGAAGCCUCCGCCGCCAAGGCCGUGCAGCUGCACGACUGGCUUGACUUCGGCCAGUCAGUGUCGGGCUACUCCUACAUCGGGAGAACCUCGAGGAUCUUCAACCCGAUCUCUUACCCGGGGCCCGGCCGGGAGCUGGUGACAGCAGCCGAGCAGGUGCACCCCUACCUGGCCGACUUCGACCUGCAGGCUCUCCAUGCUGCACUCAAAGAUGACGUGGUGGACGGGGUAAUGAAGAGCAUGGGGACUCUGGUGGAGAAGCCCCCUUGGACGGCAGCCAGGGCUCAGAUGCUCCAGCUGUUCUCCAGCAAGAUCAGCGCGACGUUUGCGGGGUAUGCGACCAGCGCCUUCUUCAGCAGGCUGGAGGAGUACGCGGCGGGAGGAGGGGCAGUCACUGGCAUCGACUUCUUCGGCCUCAAUUCCAAGGCCGUCAGGCUCGGCCAGUCCAGGUUCUCGUCUGGCGUCAGGCUGGUGCCGGACAGCCCGGAGGGAGUGGGGAAGCUCGCGCUGAACCUGAGCUCGCUGCCGAGCUCGAGCUCACAGGUGUCCAAGAGGACCAUCUUGAAUUUCGAGCAGUUUCAGAAGCAUCGUCCGGGGCUCGAUAAAUUCACUGGAAGCUCCUGGUUUGGCAGCAAGCAGUAUCGACAGGACCAAGGAAGAUUCGCCAAUAUUUCCUUCCUCAAAGUGCCGGCAGUGCAAGGUUCGAUCGUCACCACGGGGAACCUGGAGGACAUCUCGGCGAGCUCAGGAGCGAUCACGAGCGUCCACGUUAGUAACGACGUUGUGUUCCAUGACACCGUCAGGCUGGGAGACAACUUCUUCCUGGGUGACCAGCUCCAUAUGCUCAUUGCGCAGACGAGCGUGUGCGACGGGGUCUUGAUGCCAGCAACCUCCCUUGCUGUCGGGGAGGGCAUCGGGAGGGGGACGUGCUUCAAGAGCUUCAAGGGUGCUGUUAGCUGGGAGUCAGCCCAGCAGAGCUGCCGGGAGUGGGGAGGCUUCCUGGCCGUCUUCGCUGACCCGCAAACUCAAAGUUUCGCUCGCUCCAGGCUUAACUUGCAGGGGAGCAACUGGGUUGGGCUGUCCAGCAGAGACUACCCCACCGUGUGGGUGUGGAGGGGGCAGGGGAUACCCGACGUGUACUUGAGCUCGAGUCAGAUCAGCACGUCGCUGCUGAUGGAUGCCACGGUGUCGUUCAGCAGGAGGUGCGGGGCCAUGGACAGCAACAGCAACUGGAACGCCUUUGACUGCUCUUCCUCCCUUCCCUACGUCUGCCAGCGGCCUGAUAUGCCACUUGCCGCCAUGAGCUACUCAAAGGGGUACGAGACGUGCGGCAACUCGUUCCAUGCUGAGGGCUGCGGCAACUCGGCGACGCAUCUAGGGUUUCAGAUCAAGGGGUUGGUGGACCCCAACAUCUCUUUGAUCGAGUUCCCCGUUGUCAACUCAGGAGUCGUCAUUACCACCGGCAAUCUACAGGACUUGACCUUCCUCGAUCUUGACUACCUGUACCUCAACGCAUCUGCCAACUUGAUGGGGCAGGUCACCCUUGGGUCCAACAUCACGCACUACAACAAGCCGUUCCCCAUCACCCCGAUCUCUUUCCAGGGAUACCUCAUUGGAGACUUUGUCUUCAAGAACAGCAUGGCUGACAGCUACAGCACCAUCAUCUUCGAGCCUCCCGAUGGCCCUCGCACCAUUGUCUUCCCGGACGAGAGCGGUACCGUCAUCACCACCGGCAACCUGGAGGACAUUGACAACAACGUCGGGCUAAGGGGGCAGGACCCCAUCAUUGUCCAUCACACUCUUAUAGACUAUACCACCACCCUACAAGGGGUGGAGGUUCCCAACCCCUGGCUGAUCGUUGACUUCGCCGCCGCUGGCUCCCGCGAGUCUCUUUCCCUCGGCCUCGUCCCCGUGCCGCUCCCUCCAGGAUCCUCCAAGGGCAGUACGACCGUCGACUCCUCCUCCCCACGCGGCAUCUGGUAUCUCGUCGACCUGGGGCCCGACGGCAAGUUUCGAGACGGAGACGACAUAGCCUACUACAUGGAAAACACAACAAACUUGGGAGGGGGAAGGAGGCCGCUGACCGGCUGGACUGUCCCCUGCAGCCCCUUCGACACUAUCACCAUCGGCGUCUGCGCUCCCACCGACUGGGUCGACAGCUCCUACGACUUUCUCCACUGGGAGGAGUACCACGUUGAUCUCGUCGGAGCCUCUCCUCGUCCUAGGAUCGUUCCUGCUGGCACCAGCGUCUGCCCCUCAGCUUCGAACGAUCAGGCCUUCAUUGCCGGCGAGACUCUCCGCUAUGCCACCCCCACCCAGCCGCUCACGACCUGGGACGACUCGCUCUACGAACCUUCCUUCCGCAACUGCAGCUACGUCAUCUCAGGCGCUGGGUCCGCGGAGGUGAACGGGAGGUACGUGUACGCGGGGAAGAACGACAACGUGGCUCGCUUCCGCAAGGAAGGGUCGAACAUCUACCUGUUCCGAUGGGGCAGCAUGAACCAACGUAUCACCUUCCCCGAUGCCACAGGUAUCGUCAUCACGACCGGCAACCCCAACGACCUUGUUUUCACCAAGAUCUCCCUGCUCAGUUUGGACCUGGACGCUGACAACUACGUCGGGUCCCUUGUGUCUCCCCUCACUGACUCCGGGUUCACCGUGAUCUCCUUCGACAAGUACGAGUCCGUCAUCGUCGGCAAGAUGCAGUUCGCCAACCGAGCAUGCCAGGGGUCGACUUGCUACCCCUUCCCCACGACAGCCCUGCACAUCAUUCCUCCUACCGUCAAGGACCUGACCACCAUCGGCACUGCCGACUGGAUCCCGGAGUUGUGCCGCGGGAAGGGCGUGCAGGAGCAGCUGGAGAAGUGCAACUACUGCACAGCAGGGGACGAGUGCGCAUACAAGAGAGAGCUCCUGUUCCCCGACGCUAGCGGCACCGUCAUCACCACAGGGAACAUGCAGAACCUCCCGGCCGUCGCCAUCCCCUACAACGCACUCUCCGUCGGGGCCAACGCUGCCAUGGAAGGAGACGUGACGCUGGGCAACCCGACGCCCGAGCUCGUGACGCCCGGCCUGCUGUUCAAGGCCCCCGAGUACCUGAGGGAGAGCAGGACCGUCACGUGCGACGGGUUCGAACACCACGACGAGAGGUGUGUCAGGGGGUCCGGGCACUUGGACGUGAACGAGGACGGGAUCAAACGCAAUGCCGUCAUGAUGUACACCAGCAUGGCGGGAGAGACUGGGCUGACCUUCAAGCCUGCCUUCGACGUCGCUUCCAAGGUCCAGUACCAGGGAGGCACCAAGUUCGCUGCCCCUGACAUGGAAGGGAUCGAUGCGGCUCUAGAGUUCUUCCUGACCCAGGGCUCGCAGAGGCUCAAGAUCCCCGUGCAAGACUCCAGCUCCUACGUACUCAACAAGGACUUCACCAGCACCCACAACGUCCUCCUGCACUCCCUGCGGCCCUCCAGGCGCGACAUGUACCUUGGAGCCCAGGAUAUCGUGACUGUCCCCCAAGGAUGGUUGAUGCAGCUGGACGUGCUGCUCGCCAACCGCACCUACUGCUUCCUUCAGGGAGCUCUGUGCUCCUCCUCAUCCUCCUGCGACAGCCCGAUGCUCCAGAGCCCUUGCUCGUCCGAGCUCUACCGCUAUGACAUCCUCCUCGUGGCCAACACAACCUCUGACAAGUGUCUCCUUGCGGGCGUCAAGAGCGACUCAAAGAUUGACAUGCUGCAGAACCUGACGAGUCUCGUAACCUCCGCGUCGUCCAUUCCCCUUGUCGUAACCAGGAAGAGCGUCCGACAACUCGAGCUGUUCGGAUCGAGCUGGAUUCUCAGCUCGAUCUGCCGGGAGGACGGACAGUCUGCGAGUCCUAUGUUCGGGUCCAGCUCAUUGCAAGGUACAGUCAGGUUCUCAGCUCGCUCGCCCCUCGUCAGCCCUGCAGCUGGGCAAUAUGCCCUGCCCGAGGUGAUCGCGUGGGUGAACAACAGGACCAACGACUUUGCGGGGAGCUUCGGAGCAGAGGUGAAGUUCAACUUAAGGGAGCCGGGCAAGUACGAGGACGGGGAGCUUGCGGCCCGGCCGUUCGUGGAGGUCAUGGGCAUGUUUGACAGCAGCGUCCAGAGUUUACAGAACUCGCUGACACUGCGCAGCAACUCGAACUUCAUGCGCCUCCUCGGGUUCGAUGCUGACAGCGUCGCCCUCGUGCCUCCCUCGCCCUCCUCCUGCCAGUUUGACGACCAGGGCUGCUCCAGCUACCUCCGAUCGAAGUCCUGCAACGUGUACGACACGUGUCGGUUCCCGUUCAUUACCAGGAGCACACAGGCACUCAAUGUUUCCUCCCUUCCCCUCGAAGACUCCGUGCUCGCCUUCGUGCAGACCGUAACGCCCGAGCGCUGCUUCUCGAUCUUGCAGGAGCAGAGCAUAAACAUCACCGGUUCGCAAGGCAUCCAUGACAGGCAGGAGCUGCGCAGGUGGCUGAUAGAGCGAGGAGCCUUCCUGCCGACGCUCAGGAGAGGAGACGCCUACGAGACGCCUGUACCCUCCAACCUCCCGCAAGAGCUGUCAAACGUGAGCGACUGCAGUCUCAGUACGCAUGUCACCAUCCCCGCCGGCUCCUUCCUCGCCUUCGACUACAGCAGCCGCCCCAUCUCCCCCUCCCUCCUUAGGAUCGCUCCCUGCAGCCCCUCCAGCAGCAUCGUCCAGUGGGUCCUCGAGGGUUCCAACUCAGGCCCGCACGAGGGGUUCCAGCCCGUCAACCUGCUUGUCAACCAGCAGAUGGACAGCUGGGGAGGGGCGUACGUCUCGAACAAGGUUGACACGGUGUCAACGCAGACGUACAAGUGGCUGAGGAUCGUCCCGACCCCAAUGCAGGAGGCAUGCUACGCCGAGGUCGAGGUGCACGAGGGGGAGGUGAUGGUGGACAUGGCGAGGCAGACGUGCGGGAGGAGGAGCUUCUUCAUCAACUCUUCCUCCCUCGUCGAUCCGAACAACAACCUGACCGCAUUCGUCCUCAAGUGCGCGUCCUACAACCUCUUCCCCAGGAUCGACAGGAUGGAGGACGUUGUCCUCGGAUACGACAGCGGCGUCGUCCUGACAACUGGAAACUUCGAGGAUGUGACCAGCGAUGCUGGGGCGAUGACGAGCUUGAGCGUCAAGUACGACGUGGAGAUCAGUGGAGACUUCUCGGUUGGGACGGGAGCAGGAGCAAGAGGGAGCGGUGACAUGGACUCUUCAAAUCCUUCCAUGGUGUUCAACUCUCUGAUCAAGGACUCGCUCUCGUUCAAGUUCUCCUCAGCAGAGCAGACUCGAACGACGGUGCAGGUGGACCAGGGCAUCGGAGACGCCGUCUUCCUCCUCGAGGACAUCUCGGGCACGAUCCUGACCGCCGACCGCAUGUCCAACCUCAACGAUCUCAACGUUCUGACGCAGGGGACCGUAGCAGGCAUGCUGAGCACCCUCGGAGACGUUCAGUUCGGGGAUGUGAACGCUGCCUCCUCCAUCUCCCUCCUCAGCCCCAUCAGCGGGAGGGAGGCGAUGAAGUUCUCCGGCAAGUCGCACGCCAGCGGCACGAAGACCAUCCUGUCUCCCUCCAGCCUCAGCCUCCCCUCCUCCCUCCUGGUCCUGCCGGACGCAUCGGGCUCGCUGCUGACAGCAGGAAACUUUCCCUCCACUAUCUACAACGUCACGUUCGAGGGGAGACUGGAGGCAGCUGGUGGGAUCUUGUUCGAGCAGUCGGUCAAGCUCGGGGACGUCGCGAGGCCGCUGGGGCUGAACUUUGACAACUCGUACGUCAAAGUGCCGCAGGGCCUCCAGUUCCGCUCGUCGACCUCCAAGGAGGGCAGGACGAUCCUGCACGUCGAGGAGCCGUCCAAGCUGCAAACUCUGCUGCUCCCGGAUGCCUCUGGCACUAUCCUGACCACCCGAGAGGUCUCUCAGAUCCCCUUCGACCGCCUGAGGGUCCUGGAGGGGAUUGACGUGACGGGGGCCGCAAGGCUGGAGGGGGAGAGGAUCAGCAUCGGGUCCUCUACAGUCGCGACGUCCCUAGAGCUGAACUCCAACAUCCUUGGCAAGUUUCCGCUCUCCUUCGACUGCGGGAUGAACCUCAACGGCGAGCAGCAGCCCUGCCUCACGUUCGAAAUGCCGACCUCAUCCUCGUCCUCCACCAUCACCUUCCCCGACUCCAGCGGCGUUGUCAUCACUAGCGGCAACCUCCCCAACCCCCUCGUGACCGACUCCUCCUUCUCCCUCCACACAGACUCCCUCGUCGCCAGCUCCUCCUCCAGCAUCUUCAUCGGGCUGGACGCCGGCAACCCGGUCCACCCGGGCAGCUUCCUGUUUGUGGACUCGCUCCCUGCUGGGCAGGAGCUGAGGACUGACGGGGAGAACCAGUUCAAGGUCAUCGCUAGAGGAGGCGUCUCGCUCGUGACUGGCUACAGCCCGACGGGCAGAGAGAUCGGGGCCCAGCUGCUGCCGGGCUCCGGGUCCUGGUCGUCACUGAGCGAUGGCAGCAUGAAGGAGAGGGUGGAGAGAGUGGAGGGGAGAAGGAUCGCAGAGAAGCUGGUGGGGGUGAACAUCAGCGAGUGGAGCUACAUCGGUCAGAGCCAGAGACACGUCGGGCCCAUGGCACAGGACAUCGCCAGGGCCUUCGGGUUGGGUGCGGACGAGUCGAGAAUCGACGGGAUGGACGCCGACGGGCUUGUGCUGGCGGCAGUGACUGGAACAGGAGCAGUGAUGGAGGAGAGCUCGAGGAAAGUGGAGCAGCUCAAGGAGAAGCUGCUGGAGAUUGAGGAACGGAUGACAACACAGACGAAGAGGUUGGAGAAGCAACGGAGCAUCCUUGAGGAGCAACAGAGGAGGCUAGAGAGGAUCGUGAUGAAACUCUCAGCAGCUCCUGUAAGCUGA